AUGUUUCAACUUCCACCGCCACCCCAAUUUACUCUCCCACCACCUCCGCCUCUUCCUAUUUCGAUAUUUAAAUCAAAAUCUAUUCUUCCACUCACUUGUUCAUCUAUUCAACAACAAAUAAAUCCUCAUUUUAUAUUAAUUAAUUCCAUGUUUGUUUUUCUUAUUACAGUUAUUCUUAUAUCAAUAUUUAUUUUUAUUCGAUUGUAUUAUCAACAAAAACUAUCAGAAAAAAACUUCUAUUUAAAACCAAUAUCAACUAUUUCAAAAAAUAUUUCAAUAUCCAGUAACGGUUCAUAUGAAAUCAUAUCAUCAGAUAUUUUUCUUGAAUCAAAUGAUACAUCAUCAACAAAUUCAAAUAGUAUGAUAUCGAAUUAUUAUAAUCAAAUAUCUUCAUAUUAUGAUAUUCGUUCUCCUAGUUAA